GCUCCCCACCCAUUUCAAUCGCAUGCCCCCUCCCAUUCCUCCUCACACCCUCCUCCUCCCCCCUCUCAUCUCUUUUCUCUCCUCUCUCAACCCACAACAAAUAGCAAACACCACCCCACCGCACCCACAACAUAAAAACUCCUCUCAUGGCAGUUGAAGCUCACCAUCUUCGCCUCUUCCCCUCCCAACUCCUUAGAAACAGAGAAAUCAUCAACGCGGGGGAGAACCAAGCCAGCAACUACAACACCCAAAUGAGCUUCGUCGCGCCGGUCUCCGGCACCACCGGCUCCUUCAUCCCUUUGUACAAUCCUACCACCCACGCCGCCGCCUCCGAGAGCAGUCUCACCUUCAACAACCUUGCUGCCACCACCGCCGCCGUGACCCUCCCUAAGAAGAGAUUGCGCGACUCCGACCACCCGCUCUCCUUCCUCGGCGAAGACAUCUCCUCCCACGUCCACCAGCAGAUGCUCGACAUCGAUCGACUCAUCGUCCAGCACGUAGAGAACUUGAGAGUGGAGUUGACGGAACGGCGAAAGCGUUUCGCGCGGCAGAUCCUGGCUGCGAUCGAGGAGAGAGUAUCGAAACGUCUAAAGGCUAAAGAAGAGGAGAUCGAGAGGAUGGGCAAGCUCAACUGGGCGUUGGAGGAGCGCAUCAAAAGCCUGUGCGUGGAGAACCAGAUAUGGAGGAAUAUGGCUCAGACCAACGAGGCCACGGCGAAUGUUCUCCGAACCAAUUUAGAGCAGGUCCUUGCAGCCCAGAUGAAGGUGGAGGAGGAGCACAAGGUCGAGGCCGCCGCCGGCGGUGGCGCCACCGAUGUCGAGGACGCCGAGUCGUGCUGCUGCGGCGAGAACCAGGAAGAGGAGGGAAAAGUGAUGGUGAGUGGGUGGCAGAGGUUGUGCCGGAAUUGCCGGGUAAACGAGCCGUCGGUGCUGCUGCUGCCGUGCCGGCAUCUCUGCUUGUGCGCGGCCUGCGGUCCGGCGAUCGAUGCCUGCCCCAUCUGUAAAUGCUGCAAAAAUGGCACUGUCAAUGUGAACAUGUCCUGACUCCAAGAAUAAACAUAUGAGAUAAGAUGCUGCUUUGGUUCCUUCUUUUCUUCAAAUUAUGUCCAUAGUUUGUUAGAUAAAAGAAAUUUGUUUUAUUAUUUAUAUAUCUACUCAUUUAUAAAUCCAGUAGUACUACUAUGGGUAGUACAAUUUGUACAUUUUGUUGAUUUACUUGUAAUUAUUUAUUUAUUUUUUUAAUUGUGGUGAUUGUGGUUCCUUCCUUCAAUCCUGGCUUUUCCAGCUCUCGGCCAAAAACAGAAGAAACCAAACCAAAAAGGCAAGAAAAUAACAACAACGAGGGGACAUCACCACGUGCCACGUGUAAUGUCACCCGGCACGUCGGACGCCGAGGCGCGGGCCCCACCUCACGUACCCGCUAUGCACGGCGUGGACUUCACUCCCCCCCGCGCUGCGGGAUGGAAAAAACCAGACGAAGCCAAAGCCUUGCUCCAUCUCCAAGCAUGCGAGCGUCCAGAAAGCAAUCGACGGUUGAUGAUGGGUUAUAGAGGAUGGUUUUGGAGUAUAGGCGUCACAGGGUUCACCGAGAGACGGCGAAUGCGGGGUUUGUUUGGGGUGUCAUCGCGGAGCGAGUUAAGUUAAGCGGUUGCCGGACGAACAGGACAAAAAGAGGCGGGAAAAAUCCCGGCCGCCCGGCCCGGGCCAGGCGACAACGUAGCUGGGGGAUAGCGCUUCGUUCGGGCGGACCCCACCGCCCCCCCACGUGAACUGACCUUGAGACCUGGUGGGGCCACGUGAGGAUAUCACGUCGUGGCACCUUAAAAUCCCGCCACGUGGUCGCAGCCACACUUCCCAUGGACCCAUCGUGGGGCCCACCUCUUCCACUAUCGAGUUCCGAUCGAUCUGGGCCGUCUGAUGCUUGAUAUUUCUAAGGCAACACUGUGCGGCGGUGAUGGUUUCAGCGGAGUCGUCAGCUUCUUGUCACCGCUCAUCAUGGAGGGGGAGUGGGGGGAGGGACCACCAAAUAUGCCGGUGGUCCCACGGCAGCGUUAUUUGGGCCUUUUUAGCCAUCUAACCCACCUCCGCUGUCUCACUUGGCCUCUACCGGUCGAAACUAUUGACCUAAACCGCGUUCACACCAUCUCAUCCUUUUUGUCGUUUAGAGGUGGUCCAUGAUCUCAAAAACUGCAAGCCUUUACUUCCUUACAGUAUCAUUAUUUUUUAAUUGAAAUAAAUAAUUCACAUCAUUCUCA